AUGCCAGAACAGGACUCAUCCUCUACUCAGUCAAGCAGUCAAUCUCAUAACGUUUUGGAGGGCUUGAGGCAUGGGAUCUCAAAUAUCCAGUCUUUCAAGCCAUACCCCGGUAUGAAUCACCACAGCUUACUCUAACGACGUGCUCCCAAAAAUAAAUUUGUUGACUUUUCUUCUUUCUAAAAUCACCAUCAUCUGUGGUCAAGCAUUGUGGCGCUGGUGUUCACACAUUGCGGCACCUGACCUCGAUUAACUUGGCCUUUUGGUGUGGUCAAUGGGUUUCUUUUACAUUUCUUUUAUUGUCUUCUGCAAUGAUUUGGCUUUGAAGUUUCUUCGUUUAUGGUCAACGAGUCCACUGUGAGUCAGCUGGGGUCGACCACAUGCAGUGAUCUUCUACGCUUUGUAUUACCUGCAAUUUUAUAGACUAAUCCAGGAUAAGUAUUUGCAUUACUAGUUUGGUUAUGAUCAGGUCCCUCGGUCGAUUGGUUUUAGGCUUCAUUUCAUUGCCAUUUCUUUUUCGCUUUCCAUUUUUUCUGCGUGAGAAUUAUUUGUAGGAUCUCAUUUAUCAGAUGAUAUUCGGCCAGUUAUUUCGCUUUAUUCAUGAUUUGCCAGUAAUCUCGACCAGUUUUCAACAAUCUUAGGAAUCCUCACUGUUCAUUUAAUGACCAACUUUAACGAAAUGUGUGAGCAUGUCAUGUUCUUCUGGUGAGUCUUAAUUAAAGAACCUUGUGUUUCUAAUUCUCACUCUUGCAUCAGGUGAAGAUAGGAGCGAUGCCGCUGAAGAACGUGGAAACCUGGCUUUAUCGUCAGGACCAUUGGGAGUCUUCUCCGUCCAAAACCCUGAUUAUAGGCAGUCCAUCUUGAGUUCAUCUGGUGUAGUAAGGAUAUAUUUAUACAUAUUUAUUCGAUCAUCUUCAUAUACCUCUUUUUUUUGUUGUUGUUGUUGUAUCCAUCACUUUGCUUGCUCAAUGGCUGCUCACAUCUGAUGAUAGAUAGUGUGGUGUCAAAUCUCUGCCGCAGAAUUGCAUCCCCUACACGUAUGUGGAUCCAUACUAUGGAGGCUUCGUGGCUGCCUAUGGAGCUCAUUCUUUCGUAAGUGGGUCCUGGAUCCUUGUUUAUUUCUCUAAAAAUACCAAUUAUUCCGACUUUAAACAUAGCCAAAUCCCAGGAUGGUUUGGCCCUGCUACCAACCCAAUAUAGCAGCAUAUUUAUGUGCCUUUUUAUUAUUUUUAUUAUUAUUAUUUAUUUAUUCUUUAGGGAAAUUCCUCGCGACCUCCCAGUCUUUGGUUCUCUUUCAUGAGGCAUCGGUUGCUCCCAUCAGCUGGAAAGCUAUGCCUCUUGAUGUGAGCUCUAAUAUAACCGACCAAGUCAACUGGUGGAGCUCCUACUAACGAACCCAUAUACCCAUAGUAGCAUGUUUUUAUGUACGCCAUCGGCCAGAAAAAUGUCUCACUCAUGAGCAAUCAAAUUUCUCUCUCAAUCAGCAUGAAAGCAAUCAAAUGACGUCGGUUUCUCUCACUACUCCUGGAUGACUAUCCAGCAAACCCUGAGAACCCCUUCAGCCCAAUGUCUGACCUUGAUGAUGCUCCUGGGCUUUUACCGCAGAUUUUUUCUUCUUUUUUUUCGGCUAGUUUAUUUAUGUAAGUAAUUUCAUUGAAUCCUUUGUUUGGAUGAUGGGAUUCAAAAUCUUGAUUGCGGGCAGGCCGACCCCCAGAUGGCGGCGGAGGCCGCCGUCCUCCCCGCGCGGGUCCCACUUCCCAUCGAACUCGCGGAGGCCGAGCCCGUCUAUGUCAACGCCAAGCAGUACCACCGGAUCCUCAGGAGGAGACAGCUACGCGCCAAAUUGGAGGCCCAGAAUAAGGUCGUCAAGGAGCGGAAGGUCAACGCCGGAUCUUUCCUUUCUUCCCGUUCGAUUUUCUUUUUUGCCGCCGGAAAAAAACUCUGGUACCGAACCUCGCCGCCGCCGUUCUCGCAGCCGUACCUCCACGAAUCCCGCCAUCUCCACGCCGUGAAGAGAGCUCGAGGCUCCGGUGGGCGGUUCCUGAACACGAAGUCCCAGCAGGAGCACCAGGUAGCCGCUGCGGCGGCGGGCGGGGAUGUCUCCGGGUCUACGGCGGCCCGGUGGCCGUCGCCGUCGGAGGAGGAGAACGUCGGCGGGUCCUCCGCCUCCACCUGCUCCGAUACGACCAGCGCUUCGAACGGGGACGUCCUCCGGCCGCCGGGCGGCGCCGCCCACGGCGGCGGAGGAGCGGCAGAGCGGCGGCGGGUGUCUUCUGCCAGGUGA